UGGAUAGUUCCCUACGGCAGGAAUGCGGAUUUUACCGGCCGCAAAGGUAUCCUUGAGUCCAUGAAAGAGUUUUCCAAAAGUAGGGAACAUAGCCGAAUCGCCCUCUAUGGAUUAGGCGGCUGUGGGUGUGUGUUCAUUUUUUCGUCAUAUAAAUGCGUUACUAAUGUUGCAUAGGAAAACUCAGCUCGCCCUCGAAUACGUUCACCAGUGCGCCAACGAGAGCGACGGCGUUUUCUGGGUGCAAGGAAGUGGGGUAUCAAUAUUUUGUGAGGGCUUUAAGGCUGUUGCACAGCAUGCUCGGAUUCCAUUACCGAGCGCUGAGAUUGACGAAGAGGCAUAUCUACGGGGUAUAAGGAAGUGGUUUGAAGGUCCGGAUAGCGGGGACUGGAUCCUAGUAAUUGACAACGCCGACAACGAGGAAAACUUCAACGGCAACACCAGCGCUAUUGCCAAGUUUGUGCCGCAAGGGCGUAGAGGGACUUUGAUAUUCACCACCAGAUCUCGGCGGGUCGCAAUUCGACAGGGAUGUAAGAUUUUCGAGGUUGGCGAAAUGGCGGCCGGAGAAGCCCAAGAGUUGUUCUCGAAGCGCUUUAGUAGCUGGGGCAGUUUGGAAGCUGAAGAGAAGAGGGCUGUUGAUAUGAUCCUGGACUCUGUGAGCCACCUGCCUCUGGCUAUCGUGGGCUCGGCAGCUUUCAUGACCGAGAAUGUGACAUCACCCUCCGUCUACUGGACUAUUUUCCAGGAGAACGAGAAUCGCGCAAAAGCACUGCUUUCAAAGCAGUUUUGCGACAUCCAACGCGAAGUUAAUGGGACCGAGAGUGUUCUAGGUACCUACUUUACCACCUUUGACCAAAUCACAAAACAGAUGCCCUCGGCGGCAGGACUUCUGUGGCUAGUUGCCUUCUUCGAUCGCCAAAACAUCCCUGAGCAGCUACUGACC